CCCAGCAGCUGCACUUAGAUACAUUUGUAACUAUUUAAGAUAAGCACGUCUCUUAGGAGAAUUAAGACUCGGGCAUUUCACCUUAUUAGCAAAACUGUAAGAACAGGUAAAACCUGACCCUAAAACCCCCAGAAAUGUGUUCAAACUUUCUAUAACCUGCCAAAUUGUGUAAACUGGAUGUGCUGCUAUUUAUGGCUCUUUCUAUUUUUCAAGUGUUGAGGCGUAAAUUGUUCUGCUGUCAGGACUCUGUUUCCCCCACUGUUCUAGUCUUGCCCUUGUUAUUCUAGUUAAUUGCCCGGUCUGACUGUAGCACACAAACUAAGGAGUCCGUUAAGCACCGGCGCACCAUUGGAGAACAUUGAGUAGUCUUGCUACACUACCCGUCCGGGUACAGGCACUAAUCGCUUUAUUUAUAUAUACCACCUGAUGAUGACGCUGUACGUAACGUGCAGGAGGACGAACGCCACUAGGAACUAGACGCAGCAGAUGACACGCUUGACUUCCGGUUAGAGAGCUACAUCUGUACAAUAUUGCAGCUGUGUCCUUGGCAUCAGGAACACCUUCAUUCUUCCACACCAACAUGAGCUCAGAGGGGCAGAAGGGCAAGAAGAGAUUCAAGUCUCAGUUCUGUGGCAAUGCCAAGAGGCAGAAGCGCCGGCAUGAUCUUGAGGUUGGAAUGCAAGGGAUCCUUAUCACCUGUAACAUGAACGAGCGCAAGUGUGUAGCAGAAGCCUACAGCCUACUCAAUGAAUACGGGGAUCACAUGUAUGGUCCGGAAAAGCUAAGUGAGAAAGACGAUGGGCUGUCAGAAAGUGAGGAAGAUGACGAUGCAGAGGCGGCACUAAAGAAAGAGGUCAAUCAGAUCCGCACUUCAACAGAGAAAAACCUACGGAGAUUUCAGUCUGUGGAAAGUGGAGCAAACAAUGUUGUUUUUAUUAGGACAUUGAAUGUGGAGCCUGAGAAGUUAGUGCAUCACAUAUUUAAAGACAUGUACACAACCAAGAAGAAGAAGACCAGGGUCAUCCUCCGCAUGCUGCCAGUCUCUGGUACAUGUAAGGCUUUUCUGGAGGACUUGAAGAAAUAUGCUGAGACAUUUGUUGCACCCUGGUUCAAAUCUCCCAACAAGGGAACCUUUCAGAUUGCCUAUAAAGCCCGGAACAACAACCAUAUGAACAGAGAAGAAGUGAUCAAGGAACUAGCAGUGAUUGUUGCAAGCCAGAACCCAGAAAACAAGGUGGAUUUGAGUAACCCGGAGUACACUAUCAUAGUUGAAAUCAUAAAGAAUGUCUGCUGCCUUAGUGUUGUGAAGGACUAUACCAUGUUCAGGAAGUACAAUGUGCAGGAGGUGGUGAAGAGCAGUAAUGAGCAUGAACCACAACAGCCCACAAAGGAGAACAAAGAUGAGAAUGAGAAGGAAACUCAAGACACUCAACAUGCUACAGACAGCUAGAACUUUAUAUGAUGGGGCAGCGGGUCUUUAGCAAAUUUAAACUCUUUUAUGUUGUGUGGUGUUUGCCUUUUAGGAUGAUUGACGUUUGUGACCUGCACUAAAUCCUGCAUUUUGGUAGUGAUUAGGUUUGACUGCAAUACAAAGGUAUUUUCACCUGUUUUGUCACCCACAUUGGAGGGCAUUUAGUGCAGGUGACAAAACAUUCCAUGUGCCAUCACUGUUAAAGGAAAACUAUACCCCCCAAACAAUGUAGGUCUCUAUCAAAAGAUACUGCAUAAAACAGCUCAUGUGUAAAACCCUGCUUCAUGUAAAUAAACCAUUUUCAUAAUAUA